UGUACCCGAGAGAGAUCGCGAACGAAAACAAGAAGGGGAAGACGAGAUCGAGAAAAAUUUCCCCCAAAACUUGAGAAAAAUUCCCCCCAAAAAAUUGCAACCGCGGCCGAACCUCUCACGGAAAUGGGCGGCACAGAGGUCCUGGAGGGCGAGAUGGGCGCCGCCGAGUAGGAUGCGGCCUCGUGCAAGAUGUCUCGCGUAGGGGGAGGGGCCAGGAACAAGCCCAGGACGCUGCAGGACGUGUGUGCGGACUGCGGGGCGGCAGAGCCAGGCUGGGCAUCAAUCAACCGUGGGAUUCUCAUAUGUGACGAGUGUUGCAGCGUCCACAGGUCAUUAGGCAGGCACAUCUCUCAGGUCAAGUCGCUUAAGAAAGGAACAUGGAAUCCUGUACAACAUGCACUGGUGCACACACUGUACAGCAGUGGUGCAAACAAUAUCUGGGAACAUACGCUCCUGGACCCCAGCGUCGCCAAAACUGGCAGACGCAAACCACACCCCAAGGAUCCAGUCCACCCGACCAAAGCUGACUUUAUAAGAGCCAAGCACCAGAUGUUGUCCUUCGUUUACCGGCCGUCAAGAGAAGACGUGAGUGAAGAUGGGGAUGUCAGCCGACAGCUUCAUUCCAGUGUGCGAACCUCCAACCUCGAAACCUCAUUACGGCUCCUGUCCCAAGGAGCUGACCCAAAUUAUUAUCAUAAGGAAAAAAAUUGCUGUCCCCUACACGUAGCUGCUCGAGCGGGGCAGGCGUCUCAGGUGGAGCUGCUGAUGGUGUACGGGGCGGACCCAGGGGCAUUUGACGGCCAGGGAAACACACCUGCUCACUAUGCAAGCGAGGCCAAUCAUUUAGACUUAGCAGACCACCUAGUAGAGAGUCAGUAUGAGCUGACGGACAGGUUGGCCUUCUACCUCUGUGGGCGGAAACCUGACCACACCCUUGGGCAGCACUGGAUCAUCCCUGAGAUGGCCGACUCCUUGGACAUGUCAGAUCUGGCCAAGGAAGCGAGAGUUAAGCUUCAGCAUUUGCCUAACCAUCUGUUUGAGGAACUGGCGUGCGAUGUGUAUGACGAGGUUGACCGACGAGAAACAGACUCUAUAUGGCUGUCUUUACAAAAUCAAAGUGCUCUGGUCAGUGAUCGCUGCACUGUACCGUUCCUCCCAGUCAACCCAGAGUUCUCCUCCACCAGAAAUCAAGGACGUCAAAAGCUAGCAAGAUUUAAUGCAAGAGAAUUUGCCACGCUUAUAAUAGAUGUCCUCUCAGAUGCCAAGAGGCGACAGACAGGAAUAUCUUCUCCAAGUGGAACUCCAAAAGAUAAAGACUUCGGUGACGUGACACUGCCUAACUCUCCUAAAGUAAACCUGCACAACAACAAUGCCCUGAGCUUAAACCAGAGAUUAAUCAAUCCCGCCACAUCUGGCAGCACCACGGCUAACCCCACCCCAGUGCUGCCACUCACAAACAAAGACUCCCAACACGUACGACAGACACCCAACUCACUAGGCUCCUUAUCGGCUAGCACAAGCAUUCUGAUUGUCACUUCCACUGGGAUCACAGACACUUCCUCAGGCCCCUCCUCCCUCCCCACCUCUGCUCUCACCACCACAAGCAACAACAACAAAGGUGAAAUGACAGAUGACGGGGAACCCCUAUACGACUCUGUGGCUUCGGAAGAUGACUACUCCUACGUGGAACAAAUGCAGAAGUUACGACACCAAACGGAAAUUUUAGCGGACCAGAAAAGGCAGCAUCAGCUGGAGGAAGUGUAUGCCGAGCCGAACAGUGACUUGUUAGCAGGGAUGGAUUCUACAGUGAGUCUGGAGGAAUACCUGGAGAUGAAGGAGAAACUGGAGAGCAGCGAGGCCCGAAUCCAGGAGCUGCAGGACAACAACGCGCACAUGCAGUCGCAGCUGGACGAGCUCAGCUCCACCGUGCGUAAACUGAUCCGUGAGCGAUUGUAUCUCCAGUCUACAUCGCCUCAGCGCAAAGUUAAAAGUUUGCGGGAAGAGAACAUGAGUCUGCGGUCGCUGUACGGGAGCGGGAGCAUGUGCGGGCCCAUGCACCCCUCGUCCUCCCACGUGCCCACGCCCCCUCCCCCUCUCCUCCCCCUCUCCACCACCAUGACCCAGAGUCUGCACAACGGAGAUGUUGACCCACAGGUGAGUUUGCGAACCAACAGAGGUCCAGCCCAGAGACCCUUCAGCAUGUUUGAGCAACGUCAGGGUCUCCCCAGUUCUGUUGGGACCUCCCAUCACAUGGACCAAACAAGGACUACAUCGUAUCAGCUGAAUACUAUGCGUGGAUCUGGGGAAUAUGACAACACUCGCACUGGAAGUCCUAGUCUGGAACCCACGGAAACCACACCCCUGAAUCCUAGCUACACGUCCUUGCCAACUCAGGAGGAAGUUGUAAGAAAGACAGAAGUGAUCACAAAGAGGAUACAAGAGUUGCUCAUCUCAGCCCAGGAGGGUCGGCAGGACUCCUUUGUUCCCUGUGCCGACCAAAUCCAUUCAGCCGUUCUUGACAUGGAUUCAAUCUUCCCAAAGACUCGGUGCUCUACUGGGGUGCAGGGAGCACUGCGCCAGCUGGUGAGCAGUGCUGGCCGGCUGCAGAAUGAAUGUCGCGGCCACCUCUCCUCACACUCGCACACUCUUGACCCAAAGUUUGUGACACAGCAGGUAAUCCAGUGUGCAUAUGACAUUGCCAAAGCUGCAAAGCUUUUAGUGACACACUUCCAGUGAAUAUUACGUGCUCACGACCGGUAGUUCAACGCAGAUGAGGAUUUCCCACAGUGGGAGUGCCAGAUUCAUUCUGGUCCGAAGAACGUCACGAUGACAUGGGUCCCGUUCCUUUACCUGCUCCUGUACAUUGGCCUGAGGGUCAUAAUUCUGAACAUAAAACUGUUAUAGUUUAUAUAGGCAAAAACCAAAGGUUUUUAUGUUUAUUAUUUUCAUGAUUAUAUAUCUUUCCCUGCAGCUUUGUGACUGUUUUGGGAACUGUAAAAGCUGAUAGGGUCAUGUACCUAUUAGAUAUGUAGUCUCUGUCUAUUCUGAUGUUCCUGUAGUAAUACAGCACAGUUUAUUUCUCAAGUUAUAAAUACAUUCUCUAUGCAGAAUGUUGUAUAUGUAUCCCAGUAUGCAGAAUGGAAAUAGUUUUGUCCAUAAAGUUCUGUGUGGCCAACCCAGACAAGAACUUACAAAAUAACGAGGAGAGUGUUUGCAUUUAUUAAUCUUUUUACGGAUGGUGACUAGAAGCAUUAAUGAUUAUUUUGGCAUGUGAUUUGUUAGAAAUACAUGAUGAGUCCCCAGAACUUAUUUGGCGGAUUAGUGUAAGAAUAACAGAUGGAUUUGAUUCCAUAAAUUGUUAAGUAUAUGCAUAUUUGAGUUAAUGGUAUUAUUGAUUUCUUUUUGUUCUAUAAUAACAAUGUGAUUGUAUAAUGUGAUCGUUAACAAGAACAAGAACAAAAGCAGAAUUUAUGUAUUGCAUAUAUUAUUGUAAGAUAAAAUGAUGGAUGUUAAGGAAUACAUUGGUGCUCAUAGAAAGCAGUCAUUGAUGAUUGAGGUGAUAUAUUUAUUUUUUUGCAACCGGGGUAUGCUGGUAAGCUACAAUGAGGCCUGUGGUGGUGCCUUUAAGAAGAGAAUGGACUUAUACAGCUUCGGACUGUGUGAACAAGGGGAGCUCUUCGGAAAACUCUUGUUAGGCUUCGAUUUUAUAAAUCUGUCACUGGGAUUUGAUUGGGAAUGGAUUGUAAUUGGUGCUCUUGGGAUCCCUUGUCAAAAAGCAUAAAUAAAAAGUAUAUCAUUAUAGAAGCUUAGCUGAUUAUGCUAUACAUGUGAUAUGUUAUGAUGCAACACUCAUGCAAAAUGGGGCUAGACUGAAGUGAAUAUAAGAGCAAUAUAUGUUUUGCAAUUUUUUGCUCAAGUAAGCAUUUAUGGAUUGUUCGGCAGUAAUACUCACAGAGGAAGUCCUACUUCAAGCAAAGGAAGUCAAAGGAGUAAUAGCAUAGUAUUGGCUUUUGUAAGCAGUACUUGUAAGAGAUAGCUUAUGUGUUUUACUUUGGAAAAGGAAGUUUUGAGAGACAAGUUCUAAAUUCUCGGCAUGAAUUACAUUAGACAAAUUGUUUGUAUACUUAGCAUUCAUUUCAUCUAUUUUCUUUUCUGUAUUAACCCCAGUGGGCAAGAAAGUCCAUGAAAAGCAGAGUUUAAAGUACUUUAGGGGAUGAUUUGUAUGUAUAUAUGCAUUUUGGAAGCACUUAGUGGCAUCCGAAUUACAAGAUGGUAUUGGCAUGUAAUAUGACCAAAAUUUUACGUGUUAUUGUGCCUUUAAGGUUACGCCUUUCUGGAGCUAUCUCAAUACAGUGUGCUAGGUGCUUUACAAAGUAAUGUCUUAGAGGAGUAUCAUAGAAAUGCUUGCCUAAAUUAAAAGAUAUUUUAUAACUGUUGCCUGUGUGCGUGCUGCCAAGUCACUGUUGUCUGAGCCUGAGUGUGUUUUAGCGGGAUUGCUGACGGCAUGACAUGAAAAGCUGUUCUGAAUCUUCCAGAUGCAUACUUAGCUCUGCUUUUUAUACAAAAAGACAAUCUUUUUUGAAAUCUGAGAAUAUUUUUUCAUUAUAAGGGUUCCCUGGUAAUAAACAGUUGAUUAUUAAAUAUGUUACUCCUCAAAAACAAGGGGGAUACUUAAAUUAAAGACCAGAAUUCAGGAAAGUAAUUCCAGUUUUUAGGACAUUAAGCUGACUGACAUGCAGUUGGUUUGAUCCUGUAUUUCAGACUCAGGUUGAGAGUACUCUAGGCUACUUUGUGUUCCCCUCAGCUUCCAUUUUGGUUAACAGUAUGUGACAAAAAAUUGUAACUGUUAUGAAACCUCUUCCCCUCGAGUGUUUUGUUGUAACCGGUUAGUCCCACUAACUUAAAAAAAAAAAGAGAUUAAAAAAAAAAAGAAGAGAAACUAUUAGUACUUUGUGGUAUAAAUCCUUUUGCCCCGUGUCCAGGAGCUUAGUUAUUUCCCUGUGUCUUCCAAAUAGAGGAUUCAUGUUGUUGCAGUGAAUACAGGUUCUAUGAUGUUAAGCUUGAGUUAUAGAUCAGAUGCUAAGGCUGAUUUUUUAAAUUGUUGUUUAAUUAUUAUUAUUUUUGUUGUUGUUGUUAUUCUUAUUGUGUCUUUGAUGUAAUUUGUAGAGAAUCUUGGUAGUUUUGUAUGAUAUGACAGGAGAAAAGAGAGGAAAAAAUAGUCAGGAUUAGUUUGUCUUCAUUAGAAAAGAAAAAAAAAAUUAAAUGCAUAUACUAUAUUUUUGUGGCUUUGCAUUUGUAGCUUUCAAGAUUUAGAUCAUUUCAGCAAAGGCCGAAGUAAAAGUGAUGCACUUGAUUUUUAGGAUAAAAUUUGUUUUUCUUUUUGCUUGAGAGGACUAAUAAAACCUUGUAUAGAUUCUUCCCUAGGCCCUUUAUAUAGGCAGUUUAUAAUUCUUAUGAAAUAUAUUUAAAAGUGAUUCCACAUGCACAGAGGCAAAGCAAACUACCCCCCUAUAUGUUGUACAGAAUUAUUGCAGUGUUUACCUUGUAUCCAGCUCAUGGUUCAGAUAUCUAUUGCAUUUAUUAGGUCAUAUGUUAAUAACUUGGCAAGUAGGUGAAUUUAUCUUUACAGUGUCAUUAUAAAUAAUAGUUACAUUUUUUGAUAGGUUGCUGAUGUUAUAAGGAAAGAGAGAGAGAAUAGAGGGUGAUUAAUAUUAUUCUAGGAGUUGCUAUUUAUAGCAGCAGCUGCUUGUGUUUUCUCUUUGGCUUAAAAGAGGCAAUAUUAUCUUGUUGCUUCCGUACAGACGACAUAUCAGCAAAGGCAGCAGUCACAGAUAGUUCAUUCAUAGCAGUUGUGCAGUUAUCAUGGGAACAAAUCUUUUACUUAGUCAGUAUCCUGAAGUCCCAAGCACUAAAGCAAGAAUGGAUCAUUUAAUGAGAAUUUUAUACUCAUGUGCCAUGUGGCUUCUUCAUUCAUGGUUAUAAAAGUUUUUUUUUUUUUUCCUUCUUUCUUUUAUAAAAAGCACAUUCUUUUCUGUCAUAUCAGAAUACAUCAUUAUAUGAAUAAAGUUGCCAUGCUGCUCUUCCAUCCAAGAUUGCUGUGGUCAAGAUAAUCAUUUCAAAGUCAGUCUUAUAAUCAGCUACUUUUCCCGUAGCAUUUCAGAAGCUGACGUUGAUCUAAUACGUAUAUUUCAAUGAAGUAACCAUUAGAUAUUUUUGAAUUAAAACUGUUAAUUAGUUGACCUUCCUGUUGUUGCUGUUUUGCAGCGAUAGCAUGGAGGAAGUGAAGGAAGUAAGAUUUUGUGUACUUGAAUAGAAAUAUUAAUACUAUGGCAUCUAACAUUCCUAUGUUUGGUCGAUAAUGGAAGCAGUAAUACUGUGGUGUUCAUUAAAAGUUCAUAAAUCCUUAUUUAUAUGCUUAUUUAUAUAGUUGAAUUUGAAAGUAUUAUAUUUGCUGCUGCUGUAAACAAAAGAUAAACAUUGUGCAUAUUUAGUAGCAAUGAAACAAUUCAACCACGGCAGAAAAAAAGCUGACAAAAGGUUCUUCCAGAAGGUUCAAAAUGCUCUUUCUCAUACAAGUUGUUCGGAUUCCAGGCUGUUCCACAAAUCUGUAUUUUUUUUAUUUUGUUUUAAUUUUUUUUUUCUUUUCCUUUUUUUCUUUUCUUUUUUUUUUUACAAUAGGAGAGUGAAGGAUCAUUGUUCCAAAUGUGUGUCGUUGUGAACUGCUGUAAUUCCACAAUAAUUGAGUAAUUAUUAAUCUCUUGCCAAUAUGUAAUUUUAUCUAUUUUUGUGAAUUAACUUUCAUCUGUACAUAUUCCUCUUUCCCUUCAUCGUUAAUUAACAAGAAAAUUUUGAAC